AUGGAACAGGUGCAACUCCAUACAAGUGUUAGGAUAUUGAUUGUCACGGGGGUCCUGGGGGAGCAGGCUGUGCACGCAGCGGCCGAGGAGGAUGGUGAGGAAACGCUCCCACAUACACCCAUGGGGUUCCUCGCACAGCAUUUCCCUCAAGCAGGACUCAACACAUUCCAUGGCAUCAAGAGUCUCGACCAAACGUCGACAAAAGAGUCCGCCCACAUCCCCGAAAUAGACCUUAGAGAGCGCGCCGAGGAGCUGCUGCGAUACCUCGAUGCCGAGCGAGCACAGCUUCAGGAAGAUUCCGGGGCUCACCUCCCCCGGUGGAUCAUCAUCUGCCAUGACAUUGGGAGUUAUGUUGUUGAGCAGGCGCUUGUCCUCGCCGAGUCGGAGCGUUAUUACCAUUGGAUUAGGGAAUCGAUAGCUGCAAUCAUGCUGUUUGACACCCCCCACACCACGCUGGGUCGGCGUACGCGUGACAGACUAGUACUCCAAAUCCUGGCGUCUUCGGAACUAGCACCUUGGCCAGACGUGGCGUCGUUUGUCCAUUCCCUCCUGAGAGCCAUCGAUCAGCUUGAAUGGGAGUCGCGACCCGUUCUGGAGGGCCUUCGCGUCGUCAACUUCUUCUCCAGGGGUUACCCGGACCAACAACGACCUGGAGCUGUAUUUGAAGCUGACCCAAGAACGUGUGGCGGCCAUUAUCACAACAGUACUGCUACUAGUACGCGUCUCGAUUGCGAAAUUGGCCAUGUCCUCAAGCUGAGGGGUGACGAACCGGCCGCUGAUUCCAUUGUCGAAUCCAUCAAGAAAUGUCUGCCCAACAGCCCGAGCGAGCCACACGAUGCCCGCACGCGGCUUCUGCAAGCCAUAUGGGAUGUCCAACCAGAAGAGUAUCGCGGGCGGGACUCGGUAACGCACUCACAGGCCCCUGCUGCGCACACCAUCAACGAUUGGGUGACCAACACAGACUGGUACCGCAGUUGGGUUGAGAACAGUGCCGAGAGCUUCCGCCUCUUGCGUGAAAGGGGCGAUCUCGUGCUCUCGUUCAGUUUUGCCGAGCGGGACUCGAACACGGCCGUCGGCCGUCCAGCCGAAGACCUGAUCUUUUCGCUUUGCCAGCAAACUCUCCGGUCUCUCUUCCAGUCCCAAGUCCACCUUCCCUUGUGCUCGUGGCUCGUGGAGUGGUCCAUCUUGACCAAGGAAGCCAUGAAAGGCCUGUUGUUCUCGCUGGUUUCGACGGCUCAUACUGGCGGGUCGCUGUAUUGCGUCAUCCACGGCAUUCAUCUCUUGGCCUCUAGAGCUCAGCAAGAGGUCCUCGGUGAUAUCAAGGGUUUGAUAGAAGCUGCCCAGUCACCCUUGACGCUCAAGUUGCUACUUGCAACUGACCGGGGAAAUCUGUGCCAGGGAACCGGUUCGGAUAUUCCCUGCCAUGUCGUUGACGUUGUGGAGGAGCAUCAGAGACGCGAAACCAUGAAAUCUCUGGCAUCGGCCCAUCUGGAUGCGCUCGCACUUUGCAGACCGGCUUGGAGGGAGAAAGCUCUGCGAGAGAAGGCAAUCCAAAAGCUGUGCAAUGAAUCAGCUACCAUGUUUGAGGUGGCUCAAAAGUUCAGCUUCCUCGAGACCACUGCCGUUCCCGCCACCACCUCGGCCAUGCAUGCGCUGCUCGACAGGGUCCCUGGUUCCUUGGAGGCUGCGCUUGAUGAUGAAUGGAGAAAACUGACGCGGCCCCGCGCGGUUGAGGUGGCUGCUGUGCCCUGGGUCCUGCAUGCUUCUCGGCCCCUGAGACCAUCGGAGCUUGCCGUCUGUGUUGCCCUCAGCAUGACGACCGACACCCAAAGCUUGGAUCAGUUCAAAUCUCACAUCUCGUGGAACCCCGCCGACGACUUGCGACGGGUAUUGGGACCCAUCAUUGUCGUCUCAGGGGACAGAGUGCGGGUCCGACACCAAACAUACGGCGAUUUCCUGCGGAAGAAGUCGGGACCCGAUUUGCCGCAGGACGGCCACCUUUACCUCCUAUCUCAGUGUCUCAAGUAUCUGAAUCUUAUUGGCAAGCACUGGGUACCGCCGUCGGCGGAGCCGGGAAGAUACGGGCUGUCGAGGGAGUCUUGGCUGGCAGAGUACGCGUGCCUCAACUGGGCCCAUCACCAUCGUCAUGCGCUUGACAAGUUCGAGGCCGCCCGCCAGACCUGCGAUCGCCAUGACGGCAAGUUGCCUACCUCGGCCGUGGAAGUGGCCGCACAUUUUGGGCUGGUGGAAGUCGUAGAACAAUUCCUCGGGCAGCCCGGCUUUUGCGAGGACUCCUCCGAACAGCUGAGAGUGUCUCUUGACUCUGCAGCGCAAGGCGGGUUUGUCGAGAUUGCCAAACUGCUCUUGAACCGGGGAAUACGCAGCCCCGGUGCCCUGAGGAAGGCAGCCCGGUUCGGCCACGAUGGCGUUCUCCGUGCGUUGCUGAACGGCGACGGCGAGCUCGACUUGGACGCGGUUGACGAAAACGGCUACAAUGUGCUUCUCGAGGCUGCGAGGGGAGGCCACAUCAAGGCCGUAGGCGAGCUGCUCGAACGGGGCGCGCCCGUCAACUCGGCCACCAGUACCGGGCUCACUGCGCUGCAUCUUGCCUGUAAGAUUGGCCAGCUGGACAUCUCACAAACGCUUGCAAACAACAGGGCCGACCUUACGUUGCAGGACAAGUCGGGCUACAGCGCUGUGAUGUACGCGGCCGAGGGAGGCUUUACCUCUGUCGUGCGGGCUCUGGUACGAUGCUCAGAACGGGGGCCACUACCCCUUGGUGACGAGAACGGCACAGACAAGGAAGAGCCACAAGUCACUCCGUGUUCCCCUGUCAACAUCAACGCUGCCAACAGCGACGGGAACACUGCGUUGCACUUGGCCGUCUCUGGGGGCCACCGAAGCACGGUCAAGCUGUUGUUGGAGCUGGAGGCUAGCCGCUCCGUCAAGAACCAUGUCGGCCAUACUCCCCUCCACAUCGCCGUGCAAUUUGGGCAUCUGGGUAUCACGGCCGACCUCAUCAAUGCUGCGUCUGCAACAUCUGAGAAAGGCGAUGAUGAUCGAGGGGAUGAAGUUGUCCAGUUUGGCUCGAGUUUGUCGCGACGGCCAGCUGUGAGCCCGCUCGAGAUCGCGGUACAACACCGUCAUCUGGGCAUCAUCAGGGCUAUCUUAGGAUCACGCCACCACGUGAACAAGAAAACCGCCGCAAAUGCCGUGUCCUAUGCUUGUGCGAUUGAGUACCCCCAGGGUGUUUUGGAGAUCCUACGGUGGUACAAGGAGUCUGAACCGGACCAGAUAUCACCGUUGGGCGAUGCCGAGAGAAAUACCGCUCUGCACCUGGCCGUUGAGAGUUUCCAGACCGCUUUGGUUGGCGAUUUACUCGAGGGGAAAUAUGUGCCUGUGGAUUUCCCCAACGAUCUGGGUUGGUCCCCCCUUCACAUCGCAGCCAAGACGGGCCAACUCGCAGUCAUCCAGCAACUCCGGCAACACGGAGCGAGCAUAACCCAAUCCACAAAACGUGGUCAGCUAGCUCUCCACAUAGCCGCACAGCAUGGCCAGGGGCCCGCUUGCAAAGAGCUGCUGCCGUGGAAAGGGGGAGAAGAGGAAAAGGCUGCAGUAUCACUUUUGAGGACCAAAGACGAAGACGGUUAUACGCCCCUUUUUCUAGCAGCUGCUGCGGAUCACCUUGGUAUCGUGCGAGAACUGCUGGAGCUCGACAAGGGGGGUGCAGGACAGGGGCUUCUUCAUCUCGCAGUCGAGAAGGACUCGGAAGAGUUGCUCAACAUCGCGAUCGCCUCAUCUCCAGAUCUCAACUGGAAAGAUGACACUGGAAACGCUGCGAUUCACUUAGCCGUCCGGAAAGACAAGGCCGCAAUAGUCCAAGCGCUCCACAAAGCUGGGGCAAGUGUCUCCAUUACCGACGAACAAGGUCGCACUCCGCUCUACAUCGCCGUUGAGGAGAAAGUUCUCGGCACCAUCAACGCGCUUGUCGAUCUCGAGGGUGCAAAUCUCAAGCCCAAUGAGCCGUGUGAUGGUAUUACCGCGUUUCUUAAGGCGUGUUACGACUUUACGCUUGACCCGGAUCGUGGCCUCGAGAUUACCCGCCUGCUGCUUGAAAAGUUUCCCCCAGGAUCAUCUUCAGGUGAUGGCAUCGAGAUCAACAUCGAAGACCCCGAGACGGGCCGCACGCCGCUACACUAUGCUAGCGACACGGGGUCCGACGAUCUGACAAUAAUUCUGCUCGACUUGGGUGCGAACCCGAACAAGCCCAACAACCGCGGAUCGACACCGAUUCUCCUCGCCGCCGAGAUGGGCAAGGUCAAGAGCGUCCAGGCGCUCGUCGACAAGGGGGCGAAUUUCCGGAUUGCCAACAACUCCGGCGUGACGCCGCUCCACCGCGCCGCCUACGACAACCAUGCAGAGUGUGUACGUCUCCUGCUCAACCUGGGCGCCGACCCUAACUUUGCCAACGACUGGGGCUACACACCUGUCGCACUCGCCGCGCUGCAUGGCCACGUCGAGUGCGUCGGGGUGUUUCUCGAUCAUAACAAGCUGGACAAGCCGAACCCAGUUGAUUUUGCGGUGAAGAAUCCAGAGGGCUUGUGCAUUCUUGGUUUGGCGGUCUCCGAAGAUGAGGGGCAGGUUGUCGACCUGCUGCUGGAGCGCUUGGACGAAAGAGAGGUGCGGCUCGCCAUACGCAACGCCGUGACGAGCGGAGCAGCCCAUGUCGUCAAGACGCUGUUGCAGAAGACCACGCCAGUCCACGGCAAGCUGAAACUGGACGAUGAGCGGUACGGGACACUGCUCGGCCUCGCGGUGGUGAAGCAGAGGAGCAGCGUUGUUAGCAUGCUGCUUGACGAUGGGUGGCCUGGCAUGGAGGUUGACGAGACGGACGCUGACGGGAGGACCCCUCUCAUGUACGCUGUGAUGAAGGGAGAUGGUGAACUCGUCUCGAUGCUACUCAAAGCUCACGCAAAUCCGAAUCGCCGCGACGGAGCGGGCGAGACGCCACUUUUACGUGCCAUCAAGGAAGAAGACCCUGGGAUCCUGGCGUCUCUUAUCGAGACCGAAGGCGCAGAUUGGGAACAAAAGGACGGACGAGGUCACAGCCUCUUGUAUUGGGCAUGUCGGCUACCCGUGAAACGGGAGGUAUUCGACACCGUCAACAACGCGCUCAAGAAAUCUCCACAGUACGCACAGCUUUGCGAGUUGGCUGUUCACGGAGCAGUAGCUCGCGACAAACAGUAUGCUCUGCAGGCCCUCUUGAGUGUCCCUGGCCUCAAUCUCGACGCAGAGGACGCUGACGGCUGGACGGCGCGGUACACGGCAAGUUGCUACGACCUUCAAAGCGUGAAUGACAUGCUGGUCGAAUCCGGCGCAAAAGUCGCUUGCCCGCCGGCCCCAAGGCCCAUGGAAUUGCGCCCGGGGGACCACGCUUGCGGUUUGGUUGUUGACAAGAACACGGUGGACACGGUGAGAGUGGCACGCGCCUGUUACCCACUGGACGAUGAAGACUUCGAAGACGCCACAUAUGGCACCUUCCGGGCCAACCAUUGCCUACCUGCCGACCGGGACUGGUACUUUGAGGUCCUCAUUACAGCCCCCCAAGGCUCUUGCGAGGUCGUGGACACUCUUGGCAUCGGCAUCUGUGAAGAUUCCGCCGACCUCGUUGGGAUGCUCGGGUUUGGUCGAAUCGCAUCGCUGUCCAUUGGGUAUCACGGUGACGACGGCGAUGUUUAUGCCUCCGGUCUUUCGUCCCAGAACCGGAACAUCCCACCCAGCCAAACCUUCUCCAGCGACGACUUCUCGGUCGGGUGCGGUUUUGAGUGGGAGACAAAGUCGGUCUUCUUCACAAAGAACGGGGAGUACUUGGGCAAGGCGUUUGUCAACAUCCCGGGCGCGAAGUUGUACCCAGCGAUCUUUACCAGCACGGCCAACGUUGGUGUCGAGAUGUCGUUCAGGUUCAGCGGGCCAUGGGAUUUCGAUCCCGAUGCGCCUCGGCGGCAGCGGCCUGCAGAAGGCUCCGAGGAAGAGGACAGGGCGAAUGAUGGGCCGUCAGAGUCGCCAGACUCGGAAGCGGACUCGGACUCGGACUAA